CCUUGCUCUGUGCUCCUGCGUCUUUUACCGGAAGAGUCCGUGUUUACAGCGCAGCUACUGCUCCACGUUAGCAUCGCUGAUUUGAUGAGAAGUGACCGGGAGUGUGUUUUCCAGCUUUUAGAACCGACACUUUGAGCUUUUUCUUCUUUUUUUAAUCACUUUUGUGAUUAGCAUGGUUGUUUGGAGGCGGAAGUGCUGCCGACAAGCAUAGCAAUGACGAGCUGGCUAACGUAGCUCAGCCAGCCAGGCGUCCAAACAACACGAGCUCAGCUCUCACGUAGCAGCGGCACAUCAGCACAGUGACACAGGUCCAGGACCAAGCGCGACCAUGGGCGCGGAGAGCAGCGCGGUGCGGAGCUGCACCCUGGAGGAGCCGCUCCUCACCCUGCCCUCCGGAUUGACCAUGUACUCGGCGAUGCUCCAGGAUGGGAAGCCCGCCUCUGUGUUUGUUCACAAGCAGGGUAACGAGGAUAAGGUCAACAAAGCUGCCAAGCACCUGAAGACUUUGAGGCAUCCGUGUCUGCUACGCUUCCUGUCCUGCUCGGUACAGGACGGCGGCAUCCACCUGGUGACGGAGCGUGUGCAGCCCCUGGAGCUGCUGCUGGACAGCCUCUCCCCAGAGGAAAUCUGCGCAGGCAUCUAUGACCUCCUGCAGGCACUCAUCUUUAUGCACGAGAGGGGCAAAUCAAGCCACAACAACGUCUGCAUCUCAUCUGUAUUUGUCAGUGAAGAUGGUCAUUGGAAACUGGGAGGAAUGGAGACUGUCUGCAAGUUCUCUGAAGCAACGCCUGAGUUUCUCGCAAGCAUUCAGAACGUGAGAGAGUCCAGCUGCAUUCCUCCAGAAGAACAGGUUGAAGGCUUUAAAAUGCUUCCAGAGAGAAAUGCUCACUCUCGGGACUGUUACUCCUUCGGAAUGAUGGUGGAGACCUUCAUGUCUCUCCUGAAUGGCUACGAGGAGCUGUCUGACAGCCUGAAGAAGACCCUGCAGGCAGGCCUGCUGAACUCUGACCCCUUAUCUCGCACUCCUCUCCGCUCCCUGCUCACUCAUGACUUUUUCAGGAACGACUUUCUCGAAGUGAUGAAUUUCCUGAAGAGCUUGACCUUGAAGACGGAAGAAGAAAAGAAUGAAUUUUUUAAGUUUCUUCUGGACCGGGUCCAGAGUCUCCCUGAAGAGCUGAUAGCUGCACGCCUUGUCCCCAAACUCCUCAACUCUCUGGUUUUUGCAGAACCCAUGGCUGUCAAAAGCUUCCUGCCUCAUCUUUUAAGGCCAAAGAAGGAUUCCAGUGGUGGUGGUAGCAAUGAAGAGUGCCUGCUGUCGCUGUCCCUUUACCGUAAACACGUGAUUCCUCAGCUUCUCAAGCUCUUCAAGGUCAACGAGGAACACGUCCGGAUCGUGUUGCUGGCUCACAUCCACAUCUGCGCUGAGUUCUUCUCCCAUGAUGAACUAAAAAACCAGAUCCUACCUCAGGUUUUGUUAGGAAUGAGAGACACCAAUGAUUCUCUGGUUGCCAUGACGCUGCAGAGUCUGGCGGUGUUGGUGCCCUUGCUGGGGGCUCAAGUGGUGGUCGGUGGAGAGAGAACCAAGGUCUUUAAACGCACCACACCCAACUUUACCAAGUCUACAGAGGUCACCCCUGAAACGUCGCCUGUCCAUAUAGUUGGAGGCUCCCACCCUCAGAUGGCCCAGCCUUCGAAAGUCUUGAAUUUGUUCCCCAAACCGCCUGGGACUGAGGAUCUGGUGCUGGGUCACAUGGAUAGCUUAGCAGGCAGCAAGGAGACUCCAAGAAGUUAUCCUCUGGCAUCAAAAUCAGAUGUCACUAGACAGAUGUCUCUACCUUUGAACGACUUUCGUCAGGACCAUGCGAUGGAGCCAUUGUCAUACAGCCCAGAGCAGGCUAACAGACGAGAAGGCCCUGCGGAAGACUGGCCUGACUGGAGUGACCCUGAAGAGAGCGAGAAAAGAGAUGGACAGUCGGUCCAGAUCCACAUUCAGACCUCAGAGAGACAAGAUCCAGUCAGCAGCAGACUGCCACUCUCACACCCUAACAUGGAAGAGGAGCCGUGGGACGACUUUGAGGACACUGAACCUACCUCAGAUCUCUCCCCUACAGCUCCUUUAUCAGACCCAGUUAUACUCGCACCACCCACAGGGGGCGCCACUACACCUGUAAAAGAGAGGCUGGGUUCUUCCAAACCCCUGAAACUGACGUCAGCACCGCGACAAUCCACACAGAGCAAGACCACUUCCUCAUGGGAUGAUGGCUGGGCUCAAGAAGAGAGCGACUCAGAGAAAUCACACAACCUAUUAAACCCCAAACCUACAGUGCCACAAAAGAAUGGUGGGAUAGGAGGUCUGGGGGAGGAGUUUACCAUUAAAGUGAAGAAAAAGGUAGAGCUAGACCCAGAGCUGGAUUUGUUUGCGGACAUGGUGCCGGACAUCAAACUGUCCUCCCCAGCUCUGUUACCACUGGAGGAGAGCAGUGUGGGUGACAUUAAAUCUCUGCAGGUUGACUCGUCCAUUGAUACUCUAACACUCACUGCCAAGUUUGCAGCUGCCAACCUGGCUGAGACUGAGACAGACGGCUGGGGAGAUGGAGAUGACCUGAACUGGGAGGACGAGAACGCCUGGUGAUGACGUCUGAUCCGUGUGUUUCAUUUGGAGCUAAAGACUUGAACACUGGAAAACUCAAAUCCUCAACACACACCAUCUCAGACGGCCUGUGAGCUGAAAGUUGCUCUGGCCAUUUAACAGCAUAAUGCAGUAAGAAUAUGAUCAUAGGAAGAAGACUUUUUAUAUCCUAUUCUGUCGGUUCCCAGACAUUUAUAUCAGUCUGUUCAUUAAGAUAACUUGGUCUUGAACUGGAAGGAUUGGAAGCUUGGUAGACGGUGCUGGACCUGGACAAACGAAGCCAUUCUUAAUUGUUUGCCAACUGAUAUUAGUCACCUCGAGAUGAACGAGGAUUUUAAUCAUAGGUGAUGGUCAUCCUGAUUUCAUCUGCUUCUUUUUUUGUUUGUUUUUUUUAAAUGUGCCAACUUCACUACUGGCAUGAAGAUUAAGGUACACUUUUUGGCAAGGCAACUUGUUCAAAAUGUGUUUGAGUUAAAGAAAGCUUGCACUUUGAAUGAAUGUGAAAUAGAAAUGACAUAAUUUAUUAGUAGCUUUUUGGUUGCUGGUGAAGUAAAGAUUUUACUGUAUUAAAUCUGA